AUGAUCAUGAUAUUCUAUUUCUCUGUUCUGAGUGAAACGUUAAAAGUUAAAUUUAUAAAUCUAAAAUGUGAGGAAUUGGACAAAUCCUUUGUUACCUUCAGAAAGUGCUAUCUAAAGGCCAGAGCAAGGGACACUGUAAGUUUUCAUCUUUAUGCUGAAAUGCAUCAAUUGCCUCUCACCAAUAUGACGGUGAAUGCUCAACUCUUUGUUAGGGGCAAUGGGUAUAGACCAUUUUUGUACAAUGAUACCCUUGAUUUUUGCCAAUUUGUCAGAAAUCCAAAUCGCUACAUGUUUUGGAAAAUAGUCUACCAAAUUCAAAAGCCUUAUUCAAAUGUCAAUCAUACAUGCCCUUUCAAUCAUGACGUUAUAAUUGAUGGCCUUAUUUUGAAUGCCGAAAUGUUAAGAUUGAUUCCAUUUCCAUCCAACGAUUAUAUGAUCCAAAUGAAGUAUGCCUUCUUCAAUAUUUAUAGGCUAAAAGUCAACAUUUAUUUGAAAAUCUUUGAUUAGAAUCUCAAUCAUGCAGACUAUUUUUUCUUUGUAAAAUAAUUAUGUGAUAGCGAUUUGUGUACUUUUGGCUGUAAUAGUUUGGUGGGUUGCUGAUUGUUUUGAUUUUCUUUCAAUAAACUUUGUGUACCCAACACCACUACUGUGGUACAGGGUAUUAUGA